AUGACCGACUGGAGCUCGCCCGCAGUCAUGGCGCAAGCCUUCUACGCCGCCACGGCACUCAUGUGGCUCUGCAUCGGCAUCUUCGGCUACGACACGCUCCAGUACCUCCCCUUCGACCUCUCGAUCAUCUUUGGCAAACGACAGCGACGAUGGCCGCAACUUCCUUACCUGCUCAGCAAGCUAUCUACCUGGUCGUACCUGAUCUCGAUCAUUGUGCUUGUCAUCACUGACACCGAGAUCGACUGCAGGGGCACGCUAUACGCCAUUGAGGCGCAGAUGGGCCUUAUCACUGUAUCGUCUUCGAUGCUGCUUGCGUUCCGGGCCGUGUGCGUUUUCGGCGGUAGGACGCGAAAGACCGUGUCGGUGCUAUUGGGCGUGAUGACGUUGGGUCUACUCGCGGCCUGGAUGGAGGGGGUCAACGACAUCGAAGCCGCCUGGGUAGCGGGCGGCGGCAACAUGUGGCAGGAAGGAGCGUGCACGUUUACGCACAUGUCCAAGCAGUAUGCGAUCAAGUACAUUGUGACCAUCAUCUAUGACUUUGUCGUCAUGGCGCUCACGGUGGUAGGCGUGAUCCGCAUGAACGGCGGCUCUCGCAUCGGCGCGGUUCUCGUCAAGCAAGGGUUUCAGUACUUCCUCGCCACGUUCCUCAUCAACUCGCUCGUGGCCGGGUUGACGCUAGCUAAUCUCAACCCAGUCAUGUCGCUCGUCUGCGCCAUCCCGAGUGCCACCGUCUGCGUCAUGUGCUCGACACGCCUCUACGUGCACCUCGCCGACGAAGCCAAACCCAAUGCAGACGGCGUCGAUUCUUUGCAGCUCAACCCGUCGUCGCUCAGCGGCUCGAGUGUCGAAAAGUUGACCCGUUUCUUCAAGCGUUCGAGCCAACUGCACUCUUCGCUGGCCACCCGAAGCACUGCAUCGUCCAAAGAUGCCACUGCUGUUCACUCGCAUGGCGUCGCCUCGUUGAGCUACGGUGUGCAGAAGGAUGUCCACUCGUCUGCGGACGUCAAGAGCUUUGGCACGACAACUUCGCACGAUGAUCUCGAGGCGCAGAAUGAUGGUCGUAACAAAGGCGCUGCUGGGAUCGUUAACAUUAUUGAAGAGCGCACGGUCACGCAAGAGCCCAUGCCGGAACAUUUGGCGGGAGUACUGUACGGUCAAGAGUCGAACACUGCUGGUGGAAGCGGCGUCGACGACACGGUCCAAGGUCACUUUCCGCGUUUGAGCAAGCCGUAG